UGUCAGAGUGUUCGAUGAGCGCUGAUAAGGCCUUCGGUUCCAGGGUCAAAGGUGAGUGUGUUGCUGGAACGCGGCGCACGGAUCGUCCUGCCGCACGAUAACGUGACGGAGCGGAGGCCGUGGGGGGCAUCGUGGUCUCCGCUCUCGGACACAGUUACCGAGUUCCGUACUCCAUUAUACAUCGUGUGCCACUGCAUCCGGACGCAAUUUCUCUCUGGUAUUAGUAACGUUUCACUCCUCUAUUGACUCACUCAUCAUACACACACACACACACGCACACCGGUCACAGCAAGUGUCCCCCCCCCUUUUGUACCUCAUCAGCACCACAUUCCAGCUCACAGGGACCAGAGCCCAAAUUAAUAACUAACUGAUUCAUUCAAAGUCCACCUCCUCCUUCCCACAAUGCAGCGGGGGGCCAGAACGCACGGCUCACGGGUUCGUCUCGGGGCCGCGAGAGAAGAGUGAGAGCUGCAGGCGUCCUUCAGAGACGUCAUGGCAGGCAGCGCGACGGCCGUGGGAAUCGUGGGAUACGGACACUUAGGACAAUACCUGGUGGGGCGGAUCCUAGCCGAGGGCCACGAGGCGGGCCUGCGUCUCGCGUUCGUCUGGAACAGGAGUCCCGAGAGGCUGAGAGGGUCCGUCCCAGAGGAGCUGAUCCUGGAGCAGCUGUCUGACUUCCCCGAGAGGAGUGCUGAUGUGAUCGUGGAGGUGUGCCACCCACAGGUGGUGAAGGACUUUGGGGAGAUGUUUCUCGCUCACAGUCACUUCCUGGUGGGCUCGCCGUCGGCACUUUCGGACCCACAGCUGAACGGGCAGCUACGCCGGGCAGCGGUACAUCACGGGAGGACGCUGUAUGUUCCCAGCGGUGCAUUGUGGGGCGGACAGGACAUCCAGCGGCUCAGCGAAAGUGGUUUGCUGACGGGCCUCUCGUUGCGCAUGUGCAAACACCCAUCCUGUUUCCGCCUGGAGGGGGCGCUCCGCCGCAACUGGGUCGAGGGCGAGGGCCGCCGGCUGCUGUUCCGCGGCUCUGUGGCCGACCUUUGCCCCCUGGCCCCCAACAACGUGAACACGAUGGCUGCGGCCGCCAUAGCGGCGAGCUCGUUGGGCUUCGGCGGCGUGGAGGGGGAGCUCGUGUCUGACACGGGGCUCAGCGAGUACCAUGUGCUGGAGCUCCAGAUCACUGGGGUCGACGGCUUCUCGGUCACCACGGUGAGGAGAAACCCAGCGCAGCUGGGAGCCGUGACCGGCAGCGCCACCUUCAGAUCCUUCUGGAGCAGUCUGCUCGUGUGCAGAGGCCACGGCGGCACAGUGUACCUGUGCUGAGCGCUGACCUGACCUCCAGUGACCCCUGCUGCAGGAAGAGGAGAAAGUACACCCAGGUGCACAGACACGCAGACGGGACCGAGACACGUCUGCGAUGCACAAAGCACACGGACACCACCAGCUCCGUUCAUGUAGGACCUUUAUUUUGCGCUACUUCCGCAGCACUGUGUGCGUGUGUGUAUAACGUGUCCACCAUGUCGUCACACUCGCUGUGUGCUGCAGCAACAAGGCUCUGUGUGUGUCUUCUCAGUCAUGUGUACCAUGUGGCGUGGCAUCGCGUCAACAGGACAGGAAGAGUCUGACAAAGGACCUUCGUCUCUGUGCUCUCUUGGUGUCUAUUCCUGAUGUCACACACAGCUCACUGACACACCUUCCCACUGUAUAAAGAGAAGGCUGGGCAGCUAAGUGACACUCCACACCUGUGUGUACACACGCACACACACACACA